GCGCGUAUGCGUGUGCGCCGUAGCCGCCGUCUUGAAAUUAGUCCCGGCGCGACUGUCCUGCCGGCAACAUCAUGCUCGAGGAUCCGAGCUGUCGCCGUUUCCGUCCAAAGUACUUUCAUUCUCCGAUCGGUAGCGAGGAUAAUUUUUCAUUUCUCGACGAUGGACCGGUAUCGGUGAUAUUCGGGGUACCCAAGUGCUAAGGUUCAGUGUUGAAAAAAAAAAAAAAAAAAAAAAAAAGAAAAGAAAAUUUAUUUGGUGUAUAAAAGUGCUGGCCUUUGGCUCUUUGUGGAAUUGAAGAUGUCGUGGCUGAGGGUUCUGGCGGUGAUUUGCGCUCUCGGUGCGGCGAGCGCCGAUUUGAUGGGCUCGUACUAUCAGGUGCAGAGAUCGCUGGGUGAUCGGUAUCGAAGGAGCGUCCUCGAGAGCCCGGUAUUUAGGGUCUCCGACGAGGUGAGGCAGAGCAUCGAAAUCGACCAGAGGAGGAACAAAGGAAGAAGGAGGACACCGUUACCAAAGGAUAACCUCGAUUUCACGUACAUACGCGAGGAGGAGGACAGCCCUAACGAGGAGUCACACGUUUUUAGGGUGACAACCGAGGGUCCCGAAAUAAACCAAAAAUCCAGCUUGAAGUUUAAAAAGUCUCACACCAAAGGCCAGAAGGAAGCAGCGCCAGUCGAAGCAAAACUCGACAGCAGCAGUAGCCAUCUGUUACACAUGGCCAACAAGAAGAUGAAGAAGGACAAGACGAAGAAGAAAAUGGACCGCAGCCCGAAAAAGUACAAUGAGGAGCACGGGAAAAAGAGGCAUACCAAGCGUGCCAGGCGCAGCAGCGGUGUGUUUAUGACGUCCUCGGAUGUUCAUAAAUUCACGAGAUACGAGAGACUGGAUGACGACGGGGACGUGAUUCUCGAAUGGGACCACAGUGACAGUGAAAACGUGACCUUUCGCGUGACGGCCAGGACGAGGGGUUACGUUGGCAUUGGGUUCAACAGCCAGAGCAGCAUGAGAAGCGCCGACAUCGUCCUCGCCUGGGUGGACGAUCACACCUUGGUGCCGAUGCUCCUGGAUUCUCACGGUUUGGAAGACGCAAACGCGGCUCCGGAGACCGACAUAUCGCAGGACUACCACUUGAUCCACGCCACUCAAAAUGACACCCACACCAUCGUCACUUUUACCCGCCGCUGGGAGACCUGUGAUCCUCACGACCGCAACCUCAAUGGUGACACGAUUCGCGUACUGUGGGCUAUGCAUCAUAUGGAUCCUGAACUCAACGCUGCGAGAUUUCAUGGAGAAAAACGGGGAGCACGUGCCCUAAGACUGAAAGCACCAUCUACCCAUCCACCUCCAGCCGUAAGUGACCCGGACCUAAUAAAGUGGGAUGUGAAACUCAAUCAGUUUAUCGUGUCCAACACCACAGACACCGUGUACUGGUGCAAAAUUUUUAAGGCUCCCAAGCUACACCGCAAACACCACAUGAUCGGGUACACUCCUCUGAUCGAGAAAAUGAACGAGCCAGUGGUGCACCACAUAAUCUUGUACGAGUGUACUUCGACUCAACCAAUCCUCGCAGAGCACGCUCGACUUGCCGGUGCCCACUGCUACAGUCCCACAAUGCCCAAAGAGUGGGACACGUGCCUGCAGCCCGUCCUUUCGUGGGCUAGAGGUAGUCGAGGCGAGUGGCUGCCGAACCAUGUUGGCUUACCCAUCGCUGAGCGUCUAGAGAAUUCGUACUACAUGCUUGAAGUGCAUUACAAUAACCGAAACGCCAGGCAGGUGAUCGACAGCAGUGGAGUGAGGCUGCACCUGACGCCAAACAUCAGAAAGAUGGAGGCUGGAAUUUUGAUUGCUGGGGUGGCCAUUAGUCCGUUCCACAUGGUCCCACCUGAACAGAAAGAGUAUGCUACCGCAGGUUAUUGCACCUCGGAUUGCACGGAAAAAAUGUUUGACAGAAAUGGCAUAAAUGUCGUCUCUGUGGUGCUACAUUCGCACCUCGCUGGUAGGCGUCUAAGUCUCAAGCACAUCCGCCAGGGGAAGGAACUGCCCCCUAUAGUCCAGGACAAUCAAUUUGAUUUUGACUACCAGCAGGCGCAUACGUUGGAUCGAGAAGUACAGGUACUUCCGGGUGACGAACUUGUUGCAGAAUGCGUUUACGACACCCGAGGCCGUCCUAAAGCAACUUUCGGUGGCUACGCUGCGUCUCAAGAGAUGUGCUUGGCUUUUAUUGUCCACUAUCCCAGAACACCUUUGGCCGCCUGUUACAGCAUGACGCCGGUCAAGGAGUUUUUCGAGGCUCUCAAUGUACAAGGUUUCAAAGGUGUUACGAUGGAAAACGUUGAAAAGCUGUUUUUGUCAACGACGACAGAAGCCGUAAAAGUACCUUUACCACCAACUCUUUACACCCAAAGUUAUUCGGCAAGAGAGGACAACGAUGCGGACAUUAUCAGACAAGCAAAGUCUGCUCUGAUAUCGAAGGGCGACUACAUUGACUACGACGAUAUAUUUGCCAGACUUGUGAUAGAAAAGCCUGACGAAUUUAAAGAUCAUACGUUGUCAGACCAUAUUGCUGCACUUGCAUGGAAUGACACUUCUCUAUCCAAAUCCAUUGAGAUGAGUCUGUAUCACGGAAAGCACUCAACUUUUUGUAGGUCAAGAGAAGAUAAAGUCCCACAGAGUGCCGAGAUUAAAACGUUUCCCAACUUUACAUCUUUACCGAUGAGUAAUGAUACGCACUGCAAUCACAUCAGCAGAAUGUAUCGUUCUUCCACCUCGAGCAUUGUGUCGUCACUACUCUCUGUAUUUCUAACGUUACUGAUGGCUCUACGCUGAAAUAAUAGUGCUACCACCAGACUACCCGUCAACUGCUGAGCCUCUACUGCGUACUUGUAUAAAUCAGCGCCAAUCUAUUUAUUACAAGCAAAAGAUGCAAGUAGCUAUGUCAUCGUUAUUGUCUAUAUAAGUUAUAUUUUUAAUGUGAAGUGUACAGAUGGACCGCUCAAUAAACGAGUAGAGUAAGAAAAAGUGAGCAUUUGAAUCACGUGACACUGAUGA